AUUAGACGUUCGAAUACAAUAUUAAUUAAUUUAAUAUGUAUCGGGUAUUAAUUUUAAAAUAUAAUUUAAAAUAGCGGCCGAACUUAAAUAACGUUGGCGACGUCUAACGGUGCUUUUUGGCGACAGGGAAAAUAAUCGGUUAUUCACCACCGGGCGUUAACAGUAAGCGGCGGUCAUGGUCCACUAGGUAGCGGCACGCUGGCGUCUCGCGGCGGCGCGCCGGCCGGCUGAUGAUCGGUCGGCAGCGGCUAGCGGUACGCGCACGUGUUGCAGUGCCAAUUCGUCGUCGGGUGAGUCGUUACCGUCCGCUACGCGAUCAAUCUCGGCGUUGACGAAAUAUUUUUCUCAGUAGUUCAGUUCAUCUGCGGUUUCGGUUUCUGUGUACGCAAUACUCGUAGUUCGCUAAAUAAUAAUUACCAAUACAAUAAUUGUCGUUGUAAAAUAUCGUAUUUGUACAUUAUAUAAUAAAAUAGGAUACCAUAAUACCUACUAUCGCCAUGGAAAGUUUCGUGUUUGAUGGUCGUCGUUGAGAUUAUUUAGAUCCAAUAAAAAUAUAAUAUAGAUGUUUAAAAAUUUAAACGCUUAUGAUAAAGAACACGAAAACGGUUGUUGAUCGGUUCGGCGAGCUGUGAACGUAGAAAAAACACAAGAGUCGAAAAUCGCGGGAAAACCUCUGACCUCUCCUUCCCCCACGUCUAGUAGAUUUGCACGCCGGACCCGCGCCCGUCGGACAGUCGUCUCCGUAUAACCAUCGUUUACGUUGCCGUUGUCGUUUCCAACACGGACUCGCGAACGUGGCGCCGACGGUCCUCCAUCGGAGGCGGCGGCGGCGUCGGCGGCGGUGGCCUUAUCGGCGACGUCGAACGGACGUCGUCGGCGACCACCACCAUGAAGCUGGUGUCGCGUCUCCGGGGUGUGGACAGUAAUAGAGACGGCCAACAGCAGCAGUCUCCGCCGCCGCCGCCGUCCACGUUGCCGGGCGGACGGCGGCUGAGCGUCGCGGCCGCCCCGCCCCGCGCCGCGUCCGCCGCUGGCGUCACGGCGGCCAGGGACCGGUCCAGGUCGCUGUGCGUCGAACGGCUGGGCCUGGCCACGCUCCUGCACCCGGCCGCCAUACCGGUCAGAGAACUCAACAGGAGGCGGGCCUCGUCCGCACUAUCGUCGUCUAAUGAUCUCAUAUCUCGACGUGGUGUGUUCAGUAGGCGUCAUUAUGGUUCUGUUGAAUUGUUGCCUCAAUUGGAUGCAUCUGGACAAGAUCCUGGAGGAAGAAGAUUUCGUAUCGAAAAUGGUGAUUCUCUUGGAGAAAAAGAAGAGAUAUUUGGAUCUCCUUGUACUCCAGUUCUGGAAAAUCCAGAAUUUCAGACAAGAUGGUAUUUCAAAUAUUUUUUGGGAAAAUUGCAUCAGAAUUAUGUAGGAUCAGAUGUGGAUAAGUUUCCAUUUUUUUUAUCCGUUGUGCUAACGGAUGCUAAUCACCAGUGCGUGCCUCAGUAUAGAGCAAUCUUAUGGCGCAAAACGGGAGCACAAAAAAUCCUAUUACCUCAUACUCCGCACAAGCCAAUGACAGUCAAACAAAUUUUAAGUAAUUUUCCGGCAAUGGAUAAGUUAGAGAAAGGUCCAAAAGAAAUAUUUUCUCCGGAAAUUCAAAAGGAUUUGUUGCUUUUGGAAGAGCAAGAAGGAUCGGUGAAUUUCAAAUUUGGCGUGCUGUACACCAAACCAAGCCAACUAACCGAUGACGAAAUGUUAAGCAACGAAAACGGUAGUGAGGAAUUCAAUCAAUUCAUAUCGCUAUUAGGCAACCGAGUACGACUGAAAGGAUGGGAUAAGUACCGAGGAGGAUUGGACGUAAAAGGUGACAUGACGGGCGAAUAUUCGGUGUACACCAUUUACGAAGGGCAUGAAAUCAUGUUUCAUGUAUCCACAAUGUUGCCUUACUCGAAGGACAACCGACAGCAGGUGGAACGCAAACGUCACAUUGGAAACGACAUCGUCAACAUUGUGUUCGUAGACGGGGGUGCGACGCAAAUGUCUCAGUUCAACCCCGCGUUCAUCAAGUCACAGUUUACACAUGUUUUUGCGUUGGUAGCAUAUGAUUCGUCAGAUAAUAGCUAUAAACUGGUGGUUUACUCCGAAGAAUCUGUACCACUAUUUGGUCCAUCGCUACCGUGUCCUCCGGUCUUUAAAAUGCCUCAAGAAUUCAGGGAAUUUCUCAUUGUUAAAAUGAUAAAUGGUGAAAAAGCCACGUUCAAUACGCCUACAUUUGCGAAAAAACGAGAACGAACACUCGACAUGCUCAUUAAAGACCUGUACUCAGACUACAUGUCGGAUUCCAGUAAAGUGGCGAUGUUGAACAGACGGGCGUUUAGCGACGUGCUGCCUGACCCGCCACGCAGCUCACGGCGCAAAGAAGAGGCUCGGCAGGUGGAGUUCGUGCGGAUCGGCCAGGCGCUCAAGUUGGAUACCAUCGUCAAAGGGGAUGCACCCACCAGUUUAGCCACCACAGGGUUGUUCAAACGGGCGCCCUGGGAACCGCAAUGCUUUUACCCAGACUUUGGUCACGAUAUUAUGUGUGGGGACUCAUGGGCUGACAGCCGACUAGUCAUCAGCACUGAAAACAGUGGAGUUUUUGUAAUCGAAGACGGUGUGUCUCAGAGGCAAAUCUUCGACAAGACGAUACAAGCCAAUCAGUUGAACGUCGUAGAAGCCCACGGUAUUCUUUUGUUCAGGACUGAAAAGGGGCGUGACAGCAAGAUAUACGUGUUCAGACUGUCUGAGUUCGAUGCGGACAUACAGACGGAAGUAAAAAGCAAACCGGACCUCAAAGACCAUAAACUAGAACGCACUAGGGGCUGCAGCAUGUACGCGAUUAGUAAACCCGGUGGUUCGAGGCUCAAAAUGGUAAUCUGUGUGAACCGCAAACUGACGCUGAUGCAAUGGAAACACUCGGCCGCCUGGACGGCUUGGUGCCCGGCCAGCGAUACGGACACGGUCGAAGGAUUUAUGUAUCUGAGGGAAUUCCAAAUCGCUGAACAGCCAUCGAUCAUAACGCUGAUUGAGUCGGCGGUCGGUGGUAAUUCGGACACCUGUAGUAUAUGCGUCGGAUACAAACAUCAGUUCGAUAUCAUCACCGAUGGGUCGGGCACCGCCCAGCGGUUGUUUGCCGUUCAAGAAGGCACCAAAGCUCACCUGGUGUCGGCCACCGAUCUCUACGAGGACGAGGAGCCCGAGUUGCUGUUAUGCUAUAACAACACUUGUCAUUUUCAAAAACUCAGUGAGACAAACAAUACAACCGAAUUUGAUUUCCAUUGGAAUUCCAUUCCGAAAGACAUAGUGUGUUCUUUCCCUUACAUCAUAGCAUUUACCACGGAUACAAUGGAAAUCAGACUUAUAAUCAAUGGCAAUCUAGUUCAGACUAUGGCUAUGCCGAAACUAAAAUUAAUUUGUUCUAAGAAUGAUAUAUAUUUUGCAACAACUGCUCCGGAAUUUUUCCACGGGAAGAUGGAGAGACUGCAAAUGGACCAACAGAAAGCCGAACGAGAGAGCAUGUCACCGCCUGCUUCACCACACUUAUCUCCGGAAACAAAACCGCUUCGCCUUUACCGGAUACCUUUGAACGCGCUCACCGGCGUGGUCGGCCCGUACGACCGGAAGUGCGUCAACGAGACUGACGACUCAAACGAGAACAAGACCGUUGAAAACCUCAAACUGUCGGAGAGCAAGUCCCGGACAUCAGCGAGUAGGAGUUGUACAGCAUCGCCGACGACUGGCUUGAAUGCAACUAAUCUGCUGCUGCACAAGACAUAAAGUUCGUUCAUUCAAUUUGAUUGCGGUCGUUACUCGCAAUAUAAUUACAAAAACACUUUAACGCGUACACCUAAAUAAUAUUCAAAAAAAAAAAAAAUUGUUGUUACCGUGCAUCACUUGGUGGCAUAUUCAAUCGGCCGUCCGCCACCGCCACUGAUCGAUCAACUGUAAUUGUCCACAAACCCGACAGGAAGGUUUUUUUUCUUAAUUUAACUAAAAAAAAUAUAAUAAUUUCAUUACCAAAACGGGGAUACGGUUACCGUAUACCUAUAUUAUUAUAAUAUACUAUCAUCGUGGAGGAGAAGCGCGUCAUAAAUAUCAUAAUGCGAUGUCAAUUCAAGUGCAUUCGUGCCAAAAUCGCGUAGAUAAUAUGCUACCUACUGCAGUUAUUUAAUAAAACAAUUAUUAUUAAGAUUAUUAUUAUUAUUAACUAUAAAUAUUAUUAUCUUAUAAUUCUUCUAUUUUAUAUAAUAAUUAUAAAAUAUGCGUUUACUAUUUAAAUUUAGAAAACACAAAACAGCGCAUAAAAUAAAUAAACUUUAGGUACCUACUGCAUUUCAUUACAUGGAAUCGUUGCGAAUCACUGACUUACAAAACGACUUUGUUCGAUCUUUAUCCGCGGCAUACUUUCCAAUACAGUGUAUCAAAAUAACAUACGCGCAUUCUGAUUAUUAUUUUACAGUUUAAGAGUACCUAUGUGAUACCUACAUGAUGAUAUUUUUUAACACACAAUACUUUAUUCAGAUAAGUACUCUAUCUCUUUAUUAGAGUUAAAACCUUAAAAUAUUGACUUAGUUUAGAAUUUUCUCUUUUGGUAUUUUUAAAUACACGAGAUUCGUGAAUAUUCUAGAGAUCUCUUUAUUUAUACCAUAAAUUAAAUUUAUCGACCUGGUUUUUAAAUGUCAACCAUUAUUUUUAAUUCUAAAAACGUGAUCAGAUAUAUUUUUUUUAUUAUUUAAUUUAUGAUUGGAAUACUGUUAAAAUAUUAAAUUGUAAAGGGUGUACUAUAAAUAACGCGUUAAAAGUAAAAUUCAACAUAUUAUAGCGCAUCUCCAAUGAUCUUAUUUAAAAAAUAUACUUACCUAAUGAUUUCUGGUUUAAAAAGUUGUCCCACGUAUCAAAACAAAACAAAAAAUGUAAAAAUAUUCAAUACAAAAAUACUAGAUAUAUUAAAUAAAACGAAUAUAUUCAACACUCUAAAGUAGUUGUGAGUAGGAUGUUAAGCACGGUGAGUUUCGCACGUUAAAAAUAACCAUCCCUUACGUAUAUAUUGUUAUCUAUACCACAUAAAAUUAGAUAUAUUAUAAUUACAUUCCGUUAUUUAUAUUUUACUGUACAAUAUUAUGAAGGGAAACAUAAAUUUUCUAUUUUUUUUUAAUUAAAUAAUAAUUGAAUAUAAAUAAUAUAAUAUUAUCUUAUUUGGUUUAAUUAAUAAUAUUAAAUUUAAUUAUUUAUUAAUGCCAUUAUUAAAUCGUUUUAUCGCCAAAUAACUCGACAGAGGGCCGCGAAUACCUACUAUAAUAACAAUAUUAUUAUUUAUAUAAUAACACAAAAAAAAAUUCUAUUAAAUAAAAAAAUACAAUGAUAUUUAAUAAAAUUAGUUUUGAAUUUGAGACAAUUUUCUGUACAUACUAUAGAGUUCUGCUCGCGAAUAUUGGCCACGUUUAUCGUUUGACUCGGACUCGCCGUUAAUUUUUUCGUUAAAGUGCGCAUGUGGUUGAAAAUAUUUAAUAUCCGUACUCAAUAUUUUUUAAUUCCCAGGUACUCAAAAAAUACUAUCUAACGUGUUUUGAAUUUUUAAUAUAAAGGUAUAAAACGUGUGUUUUCAAAAUAAUUCUUUAAAACAUAAGUUCCAUACGAUGGAAUCACCUACUGUUAUACUUUUAUCUUGUAUGAAAACUUUUCUGUGCUCUGACUUCCGGUGCCCAAUUUCUUAACAACACGCGAACAUAUUAAUAUUAAUUCCAGUAGAAAUAAAUUUAUGAAGUCGGAUAAGGUAAAACAGUUAAUACCUUUAUCGCACUCGACGUCGACAGAAUCUAAUUGAUUGUAUACUUAACACUGUGCACGUACAUUUUGAACACUGUUAUCUUUUCCUCAUAAUCGUACCUUGGUGAUUACAAAGUUACAACUUUGAACUUACCCAAACCUAUUAUUUUGUCUUCCACAAACAUAAUUUGUUUCUGAUCGAUUUUACAACGAAACUCGUAUUCGAAAAACAAUAUUAUCACUCAUAAUAUAUACAUUUUUCGGAUAUAAUAAGCAUUCGAAAUCUCAUCUAAAUGAAAAAUUACAUCGUUAUACUACACAAUAUAUUUUCGUCGAAAAUUAAUAUACGAAAUCAACAAAGACUCUAUGUGACGCUGUUGUAAAUCACGUCAUUGUGUUUUCGUGAUCACAGUUAUUAUAAUUAUUUUCAACACCUCGUCCGAGGGAGAUCGAUCGAUCCUCCACCCUUUCUAAUCUCCUUUACAACACCAUCGUGGUUUCAAAACAUACGCCGCACCUGAACAUUCCCGAGGCAGUCCCUGUACCCAAACACUGAUAUUUUAAUAUCAAAUAUUUCGCAAGCUACUUACACACGACUAUCGAGCUGUGGAUUUAGGCAGAAUCGCUAUCUCGUCUCUGUGUACUCGUUCACGUUCAUAUAUUAUCGUCAGAGGUUUGUUAUUCUGAUUAAAAAUACGAAAACCCACCAAAGUUACAUGCAUUAUAAUACUACCUAUGUUGAGAUAAUUUAUUUUUCGUCUGACUGAAUUAUUAUUAUUAUGCAUAUAUUAUAUUAUUAUAAUACUAAACAAAACUCUACAGGUGUACAGGUACUUCUAUAUUAUAAUAUUAUAUAUUUAUUUAUUACUAUAUGACGAUCACUUGUAAAUCGCAUAUUAUUAUUUAUGCGGUCGUCGUAUAGGUAUAAAAUAUUACGUUUUGUUUAGGAUUAUAAUUUAUCUAUAAACUGCAGUAAUCGUAAGGCGUACACGCAAAUAGUAGACUGUGGAUUGAGCUCAUGCCUAAUAUUUCAGGUCUUUUUCCUUUUUUCUUGUCAAAAACCAAAAUAUAUUAAUUCGUGCUUUUCACAAAUCGUAAAAUUUUUUUUAACAAAAACCGAAUGCCCGUUAAAGUAAAAUUUUGAGUAUAUACCAAAUAAAAUAUAAUAGGUACGUUAAUAUGGCCCGUAAAAUUUGGCGUCCCCCUUCUAUACCACAACAGUUCUGCAAAAUUUGAGCGACGGUGAUAUCAAAAAAACUGCUAUACCUGAAUAAUUGCGUAUAUUAUUAUAUAGGGACAAUAUAACAAUUGACCCACAUAAUCCAACUACUUUUAAAGACGUUUAAUGAUAUUAUUAUGAUUCCGCAUAAAAUCAUGGCUUUUCCGUUUGAUGGAUUAAAAGGAUGAAAUACGGUUUUAUCCGACGAAAUCAGACAACAUUAAUCACGUGUCAUACGUGUGUCCACAUUGUUUAACUGGCACACGUUUCUAAAAUUUCGAAUUUCUCUGCCUGGGUACUUAUUCCAUUUCUUGAAAUCAACUUUUGACAGAUAAUCAUUGUACCUAAUACACAUUUGACACAGAAAUCCGUAUCCUUCGUACCUCCACACAGGGUGAAACCUAUGUAAAUUUAUACCUUAAGGAUUUCUAUGGUUUUUUUAAAUGUUUAAAGUUACCUAUAAUAUAUAUUAUACUAAUUACUAAUAUUAUAUGAAUAUUUUCACGAUUAAUGCAUUGUUAUUCUGUCGGUGACAUAUCCGUCGAGUACAGCGCAGUGGUCGAAACUUUAUAUAUUUUAUAUUAUAAUGAUUAUUAUUAAUUAUUGAAUAUUAUUAGUUUAUAAAAGAAAAUCUAUCUUUCCAGUUAUAGAGUUGGGAACGGGUCCUGGUAUAACAAAUAUAAAAUAUAGUUAUUAUUAUAUAUGUAUAUGUAUAUUGUAUAUGUGUGACAAAAUUAUCAUAUCGUUUUUCUUGUAAGUAUAAUUAUGGCCGUAUAAGUACUCGUACUUAUAAGUUAUAACCUAACCUAUCAAAUAGAAUUUAGUGAUAUACUAAUAUUAUGCAGUGUCAAUAGAAAUGCGAAUGAUACAAUACCGAAAGCUAAAAUAUAAAUUAAAACCAUUAAAAUUUAAUAAACGAGCAUAUCAUCUCAUCGAGUGGCAAUGCAUAAAUUAUACUUCGGAUUUAUCACAUUCAUUUUUUUUAGUGGAAUAAUCCAAUACCGGUAAAUAUAGACAUUUACUAAUUAUAUUAAUUUAUUAUUUCCACAACAGUACCUAUUUUAAAUAAUAUUUGACAAUAUACACAGAGUGAUAACCCUCUUCCAUUACCUAUACCCUUUAGUAGUGCAUUUAUUCCAAUUCUGAUUUUUAUCAUUUUUAAAUAUUAUAGGUACCUAUAACGCCAAAUUUUUAAGUAUUUAGAUUUGUUGUAUUAUAUAAGAAGUGUCCUGUGGUAAAACAAACUAUUUUUUUAUAUGAGAAUCAACUUUUUUAUUACUAAGUGAAUAUCAAUGUACAAUAUGAAUAGUGAUUCUCGUAUGAAAAAAAAAGAAAUUUGUAUUGCCAUGAAGCAAUUUCUAAAUUGUAUAAAAAUAUAUCUAUUUGAAAAUAUGGUAUGAAAAUAGGAUAUAAUAGUAGUCGAAAAUUCAUAAAUUCAUAACUUAAUUUACCUAAUUUUUUAUUAAAGAAAUGAGCAUAUUAUGUAUAUUUGACCACAAUCUAUGCAUAUACGACGUGUUAUUACCACAUGUAAAGUCUCGUAACUUUUUAAAAAUUUACCUUUAUAAUAAUUGACCUGUCUAAUUCUUGCAACAGCCACUCGACGUCAUGAAAUUUUAGAUAUUAUUGUAACCGAUGUAUUUUUGACUUAUUGUGUGUUUACAUGUUUAGGGGUAAUAUAAGAUAUAUUAUAUGUUAUAUUUUAAUCAAAAUCAAUGUCAAUUUUUUCCAUAUUAGACUAUUAUAUUAUAGUGUUAUUACUGUUAUUAUUAUAAAUAGUUUUACAUAUUUUACUUAUAUUAUAUUCCGAUAUAUGAUUAUUUUUUUUUUCAUUCGACGAUAGCGUUUAUCUCGAACCGAUAUUUGUUACCAUACACAUUUUCUAUGAUUUGUAAAUCGGCGCUAACCGAUAUGACCUGCGUCGUACAGCAUAUAAUCGUUAUUAAAAUGCAAAAGAAUAAUAAUUUAUAUCAGUUGUUAUUUUGAGUUGUGUCGUACCGUUACCUAUAAAAUUUAUGUCAUGUUCAUGUACUUUAUUGAAUAAUAUUAUUUGUCUACAUUUUA